AUGCAUCCACUGCUGAUCCUCACCUUCGUGGGAGCUGCUGUCGCUUUCCCCGCUGAUGACGAUGACAAGAUCGUCGGGGGCUACACCUGUUCGGAGAAUUCCAUCCCCUACCAGGUGUCCCUCAACUCUGGCUACCACUUCUGCGGAGGCUCCCUCAUCAAUGACGAGUGGGUGGUGUCUGCUGCUCACUGUUACAAGUCCCGGAUCCAGGUGAGAUUGGGAGAGCACAACAUUGAUGUCCUGGAGGGUGGUGAGCAGUUCAUCGACUCGGCCAAGGUCAUCCGCCACAGCAAAUUCAGUAGCUGGACCCUGGACAAUGACAUCAUGCUCAUCAAGCUCUCCUCGCCCGCGGUCAUCAGCAGCCGGGUGUCCACCAUAGCUCUACCCACCGCCUGCGCACCCGCCGGCACCCACUGCCUCAUCUCUGGCUGGGGCAACACCCUGAGCUCUGGCACCAACUACCCGGAGCUGCUGCAGUGCCUGGACGCCCCGCUCCUGAGUCAGGCCCAGUGCGAGGCCUCCUACCCUGGGCAGAUCACCGACAACAUGGUCUGUGCUGGCUUCCUCGAGGGAGGCAAGGAUUCCUGCCAGGGUGACUCUGGCGGCCCUGUGGUCUGCAAUGGUCAGCUCCAAGGAAUUGUCUCCUGGGGCUAUGGCUGUGCCCAGAAGAACAAGCCUGGGGUUUACACCAAGGUGUGCAACUUUGUGGACUGGAUUACUGAGACGAUAGCUGCCAAUAGCUAAGCCCCAGCCUUCUGACGUUCCUAUGCUAAUAAAGUGG